AUGACUAUAUCGCGAGCGGAAGUGAGCGGAAGCAGAGACGCACACUUCGGAUCAGUCAAGGAAAGGGACGAACAGGGCGGGUCGCUCCAGGUACGUGCUGGCGGCUAAUUACUCGAUCCGAGUUUGAGGACCUCGAGCCGAACGGCAUGCCGGCCAUUGAAGGGAGUCACUCGAUGAGCUUGCCUUGCACAUCCUCGCAAUCACUGACAGGUCUGCCUUUACACACCACGGAAAUGGACAAGAAUGUCAUGGUGUUUGUGUGAGUGCGUAUAAGUUUAGUGGCGAGCCUUCUUCAUUCUUCAACGAAAUGAUCGAUCCACCUUACCCACACCGCAUCGACGCAUCGGACAUUUCGGCCAUUCAGGUCAGCAGGAGACGCAGAGACACAACAAUAUGCAGCACGCAUGUCUUGCAUGUACACAGCCCUUCAGCUCACAACCCUUGGUGCUCACCUAGCCAGGCUGCCUGUCGACUUGAGAGCGGGAAGCUGCUUCUGAUUCUCUGUGCGCUGGGCAUCCCCAAAUAGGUCAGCGAAGGGAAAAGAUCGACUGUCAACGAGCUACGGUACAGAUGUAUGUAUAUCAUGACAGGCCCACACCAUCGCCGCGGCGCUGUCAGUCGAGAGUCUUUUCAAGGCGCCACUCGACAGAGAGGCAGAGGCGGACGCUGCGCGAGCCCAUCUUUGUUUCAGAGACAACGCAUCACGCCUGCAUGUGUGUUCUCUGGAUGCAUCGUUUCUUCCUCUAAACGCAGGUGCCGACCUACAUAGUCACCACCUGGCUGUCUGCAGAGAUCCAGCUCCGUUAGCGGCAGCGGCUGGACUUCUUCCGUCAGCGAGCGACUCAAAUUCAGACACAUGUAUGUAUGUAUGUAUGUAUUGGUGUGUGUGUGCAUUUAGGUGACGAGUGCUCGCUCACUAUGGCUGACGUGUGGAGUAAGCAGGCAUGGGGCAUCCCACUCGUCAUCGUCGAUCGCAUCACCUUCCCCGGUAAGCAACCGAUCAAGGCGCACAUGAAGUAUGACUGUAUGACUGUGUAUUUGUGUAUUUGUGUGUGUGUGCAUGUGCUUCAGAAGUUCAGCUACGACGGCCACAACGCCCCACCAGUAUCGAGCGCGCGUCACGUGGAUUUGGCCGUGGCCGCUCCAGAAGGAGAUCAACAGCGAGUGGACGCAAUGGUCGACCGAAGCGACAAGCGAGGAGGUGGGCUGGGUGACUGACAGAGACAGACCCGACCCAGACAAAAACAACAACACAUCCGCGCGUCAUCGUAUCCACUGCUUGGCUUGCUGGCUGCAGAGCAGCGAGGAGGGCGAGGCCGUGUUUAGCGACCGCAAGGAGUUCAUCAUGAUCUUUGCGUGCAGCGAGUGAGCGGUCGAAACGAGACAGACAAGAAAGAUGCCACCCAGAUGCAGCCCACAUGCACAUGCCUUGUCUCCAUCUUUGGUGGUGUCCACACAGGGCGUUUCGUUUCGACGUAGAGGUCAGGAGCACCUCUGGCGAGACCAUCAGCGUCGGCAGCACCCCUUCCAUGCACCCCCGGCAGCCCCGGUUGUUGGGCUGA